GAUUUGAGAUAUGGGCACAAAGAAAAUGGUGACUUUUGCUCCUUGAAAUUUCUACUGUAUGCGUUAUUUCCGGAUUCCACUUCGUUUUUUCUUCCAUUCUAUUUCUCUGUGUCUGUGCUAAUUUUAUUUCUCUUAUUUCCAUCGAAAACUUCAAUCUUGCUUCCAUUUGAUUGGAGAUUUGAACAAUGUGCUCCAUAAUCGUAAUCGGACGAUGCCUGUGCCUUUUGGGAGCAACAACAAAACUCAAGCUUUGAUCAUGUGUUGAGACACUACAACUGAAUCAGCAAAGAUUAGUGGGAUUUCAAUGGCUCCAGGGGGCGGUGUUUGCAAAGAUGUUAUCGAAUCGCACCCUAAAGCUUUGAAGUAUGAGACAGCAGGAACAAAGAACGAUAAGAGCAUUAUAAGGACAGCAACUGGAAAACAUGGAAUGCAGUCAACAAAUGGUGUUCAUGAGCUUCUUGAAUGCCCUGUGUGCACAACCUUAAUGUACCCCCCAAUUCAUCAGUGUCCAAAUGGCCACACUUUGUGCUCAAACUGCAAAACUAGAGUACACAACUGUUGCCCAACGUGCCGGCUUGAGAUGGGAAACAUAAGGUGUUUGGCAUUGGAGAAAGUAGCCGAAUCGUUGGAACUUCCAUGCCGACACCAAACUCUUGGCUGCCAUGAUAUCUUCCCUUACUAUAGCAAGCUGAAGCACGAGCAAAAUUGCCGAUUUCGCCCUUACAAUUGUCCCUAUGCUGGAUCAGAGUGCUCGGUUACCGGUGAUAUCCCAUAUCUUGUGGCUCAUUUGAAGGAUGAUCAUAAUGUCGAUAUGCAUGAUGGAUGCACUUUCAACCAUCGAUAUGUCAAAUCUAACCCUCAUGAAGUUGAAAACGCGACGUGGAUGCUAACUGUAUUCAAUUGCUAUGGACGACAAUUCUGUUUGCACUUUGAGGCAUUUCAGCUCGGAAUGGCUCCGGUCUACAUAUCGUUCCUAAGGUUCAUGGGUGAGGAUAGUGAAGCCAAGAAGUUCAGUUACUCGUUAGAAGUGGGAGGGUACGGACGUAAGUUCACAUGGCAAGGUGUUCCGAGGAGCAUACGGGAUGGUCACCGGAAAGUUCGUGAUAGUCAAGACGGACUAGUGAUUCCCAGGAAUUUGGCUCUCUUUUUCUCCGGUGGAGACCGGCAAGAACUCAAGCUAAGAGUUAGCGGUCGGAUUUGGAAAGAAUAGUGAGUCGAAACGAGAAACUCGUGUUCAAGUUGUAUAUUGGUAACGAUGAACCCGUGAUCACGUUGGAGGGUCUCUAGAUCGGUUUAUGAGAAAGCCCGAAUGGGUAUUCGUCUGCGAAGCAAUGGAGGGUUGUUCUGUUGCUUCGGGUUGUGAAAGCGGAAAUGUGAGUUAUUCUACGUCUUUGUGUUACAUUGGUGGUUUCGAAACACGAAUCUUGUGAUCUCAUAUGAUGGUACCUUGAAUUGUCGUCAUAUCUUGUCUCAUGUAUCAAAUGCAGUCUUAAUUUUAU